AUGGGAUUACGAUCGACAGCAGCCAAUCUGUCUAAGAUUCGCAAGCCGACUCUGCUCCGCAAGAUCAUCCGAACACCUUUGAAACCCAAUCCUAAGGACGUUUCCACCAAGAAAGAAAAAAGUGCACAAGAAAAACUUGAAGUGCUAGAUCAUAACAUUGAACUUGAUUUCGAGCUUCGUGGCUCUACAAGUAUAGUGGAGGCUAUAGAUCGAGUAAUUUCCAAUCAGUGGGCAGAGCAGACGUUAUUUCACAACCGUUACUUCUGUCAAGAUGCAAAAAAAAGUGCUCGUGAUUCGCCCCAAGACUUGCUUUUCCUGCUUCGGGGCCUCUCCAUGGAAGUGAAGGCGGAAAUUCUCAAGUACCGCAACCACCAACUUCCCCGUGGAGGUAUGGUCACGGUAAAUCAGUUGUACACGGUUUUUGAGCAUCGGGGCAACACAUUUGUAGAUCGGAGUCUUGAGAAAUGCAUUCGAGACGGACUUGUGAUGAAGUUUGUGAUCACAAACGCACUGCCAGUUAUCCUGCGUUCAGGGAAAAGUGGAACGUAUCAUAAGGUAACAUACGGGUACGAGAACAGCGAAGUGGUGGUGAAGAAAGAACAGUAUCUUAGAUUGAUAGACGAAUCUAUGGGAAAGGAAAAACCCGAACUGUCUUUGGUGAAGUUUAAAGAGUAUGUCAUGUCGCAUCCCGAGGCCCUUUUUGUUACCACAGAAGACUUCAGUGUGGAAGAAAUAACCAAGCUAGUGAAGUUGGGCUUUCUUACAUUGACCUCUAAUCACCAUAACGAAAUCGAUAUUCAUGAUUAUGCCCUAGCCUAUCCCAAGUGUGGGACUUUUCUCAAAAUUGUGAAUUCAGGCAGAGCUUGGCUAGUCCGGAUAUUGAGCAAGAUGACUUACAAAGAGAUGUUGGAAGAUACGAUAUACGAAAAGUGGGAAGGAAAAAUAAUGGCCAACUUUCGCAGGCCGUUUUAUGGGUACGAUUUGACAUGGAUUUUGGCCGAUUCCUGGGGCUCCGGAGUGGUUGAACCAUUCAACACCCCAGUAGGACGUGGAUGGCGUCUCACGGGAAAACUUUAA